AUGGCGCCAUUUUAUCAACGUCCUGAGAAUGCGCUAAAGAGGGCUGAAGAACUCAUCGCGGUCGGUCAGAAUGCCGCAGCAUUAACAUCACUGCAUGAGAUUAUAAUUUCGAAAAGGUCGCGCAACCAGCAGCCUACCGCUCUGGAACCGAUCAUGCUUUUAUUUGUCAAGUUGUGCGUUGAUCUAAGAAAGGGGAAAGUCGUUAAGGAAGGUUUGCUUCAAUACAAGAAUAUUUCUCAGAAUUCUAAUGUACCAACUAUCGAGCUCGUAAUCAAGAAAUUUAUCGAAUUGAGCGAAGAAAAGGUUACGGCAGCCCAAGCGAAAGCUGAUAAAAUCGCCUUGGAUGUCGAUGAUCUUGAAGCAUCAGAGACACCAGAAUCCAUCAUGUUGAGUACUGUCAGUGGAGAACAGAGCAAGGAUAGAACUGACAGAGCUGUUGUCACACCGUGGCUUAGAUUCCUAUGGGAUGCAUAUCGGACAGUAUUGGACAUAUUGAGAAAUAAUGCACGAUUAGAAAUUUUGUAUCAGGAAAUUGCUCAUCAAGCAUUCCAGUUCUGUUUAAAAUACUCUCGGAAAACAGAAUUCAGAAGAUUGUGUGAUCUACUUCGGAACCAUCUCCAAAACAUAUCCAAAUAUGCGCAUCAACCACACGCAAUAAACUUGAAUGAACCCGAAACGCUUCAACGUCAUUUGGAUACUCGCUUUUCUCAACUCAAUGCCGCGGUCGAAUUGGAACUGUGGCAGGAAGCGUUUCGUUCAGUGGAAGACAUACACAAUCUGUUAUCCAUGUCGAAACGACUUCAUAAGCCGGUGAUGAUGGCAAAUUACUAUGAUAAAUUGACAAAAAUAUUUCUAGUCAGUGGUAAUUACCUGUUCCAUGCGGCCGCUUGGAACAAAUAUUAUACUCUGGUCAAAAUGCAAAAUAAAUCAUUGACAGAUGAAGAGAACACUCGAAUGGCAUCUUUCGUGCUGCUAUCCGCUCUAGCAAUUCCAGUGAUUACAAGUUCAAAGACGAGAGCGUUAAUAGAACUUGAUGAUACAAAGAGUAAACAUCACCGACUUGCCGUAUUACUUGGAAUGAGUCGUGCUCCGAUGAGAACUGGCUUGCUAAAAGAAGCUCUAAACAAGAACAUUUUAAGGCGAGUUCGCCCUGAAUUGAGAGAACUGUACAACAUCUUGGAAGUGCAAUUCCAUCCGCUGUCAAUUUGCAAGAAAAUCGAACCAAUCAUGGCCCAACUUGCUCAAGACAAAGAAAUGGUUAAAUACGUCAAACCUCUUCAUCAAGUCAUAUUGACCCGUCUAUUCCAGCAACUUUCGCAAGUGUAUGAUACGGUCAAACUUGAUUUCGUUGUUAAUCUCGCCUCCUUCCCUGCUCCCUACAAAUAUGACGCAGCAGCUAUCGAAAAAUUCAUCAUGAACGGAUGCAAGAAGGGCGAACUGUCGAUUCGUAUAGAUCAUACGACGAGCAGUUUGACUUUCGAGACUGAUUUGUUUUCUGCUCCCAAGAAUUCUGAAGCCGAUGGAGUCAAGCUACAAUCGUCGCCGGCGGAUAGGAUGCGUGAUCAUUUAUCAAAGCUUGCUAAAUGUUUCCAUGCGACAGUGCACAUGAUUGACCCUUCUAUAGUUGAAGACAAGGAAGAGGCUAAAAGGCAGGCUCUUCAGCGAGCAUUGGCUGGCAUGACGGAAGAACAUAAUAAAGCUCUUGCACGAAAAGCCAUAAUAGAACGAAGAAAGAAGCUUGUCGAGACGUUACUUGUGCGCAAGGAAAAAGAAGAGCAACGAGAAAAAAGCUUACGGCAAAAGCAAAUGGAGGAAGACGCGCAAAAACGUGCUAUAGAAGAGGCCCUGAAACGAGAACGGGAGAGACGUCAACGUGAGCUCGAGGCUAUUCAAAAGGAAGAAGCCAAAAAAUUGGCCGAAUCUCUUAGGAACAAGAAUCUAAAAGUCGAAGCCAAGGAUCUCGAGACUUUGGAUACCGAGAAACUUGUUCAAUUACAAGUAGAGCAGCUUGAAAAAGAAAAACGUGAACUCAAUGAACGCCUCCGAGCAACAGCCAAACGAAUGGACCAUUUAGAACGUGCAUAUCGCAAGGAGGAGAUUCCUCUUCUCGAAAAAGAUUAUGAACGACAAAAGAAAGCCGAUAAAGCCCUUCAUGAGGCUGCUCGCCAAGUUCAACUCCAAACUGCCCGGGCCAAGCAUACAAGCGAUCUCAAAAUCAAGGAAAGACUAUCCAGAAUGCUGUCAGAUUAUCAUAAUUAUCGUGCGGAAAUAGAGAACAAACGUUUCGAAGAGUUUGAACAACAACUCGAAAGACAGCGCCAAGAAGAACUCGAAAGGAGAAGGAAACUCGACGAAGUUGUCGCUAUACAACGCCAAAGAGAAGAGGCGGCAGAGCAAAAACGUCUUGCACGCGAAAAAGACUCAGCCGGUGCUUACGUACCACCAAACAGACGUCGUCCGACCGAAACGCCAUGGCGUCGAAACACAGAGGAGGUGAAAGCGACGCCGGCGAAGGAUGCGCCAACUCAUUCCGGCAAAGAGGUGCGCCGUCCUCUGCGAACUGAAGAUAGCGAACCGCCAAGAACCGAUAAGAAACCUUGGCGUCGUUCUGAUGCUAAGCCUGAUCAAAUGAGCGAAUGGCGUAGAUUGGAUCCAGGAAAUGUAAGCAAACGCGUGGGUGAGGAACAGCGAAAAAGGCAAGAUAGCGAAGAUGGCGGACGUGGGCCACCGCGGAUCCUGCGGACGGGUUCAGGUUCAGAGAGUGGAUGGAGAGCGCGUGAAGCUGCCAAAAAAGCUGCCAGCAAUGAGGCUGAUGGUGAGGGUCGGGAUAGGGAAGAUCACCAACAUGCCGAUGAACCUGCUCAGGCUGAUGAUGACGGAUUUACAUUGAUUAAGAGACGUAAGAAAUAG